UUAUGGAGAUUUAAAGGAGUAAGGUCAAAAUGUCACAAAUAUUCAAACUUCAAUUAAUUAUUUCUCAAUAAUGCUUUAAAAUAUACAUGUCAAAUAUAUGUCAACAAUCCUUCCUCCAAAGGACCCAUCUAUGUAAUACAUUUCGUGAAAAUCCCCAAAAUCAUGGUUUUCUUAUGUUCUAGUUUCGUGAGGAAUCGCCCUUAUGCAUUACAUUUAAAUCUGGUUCAAGGCAAUGGCCACAUAAAGGCCUACAUGGUUUAAAACCUGUUUCUCUUCUGAACGAAUAAGCUGAAAAUGCUGCUCUCCUAUUCAUACUCCCUCCUAGUUCAGGACCUGCGAGCUGUUCAGUAAGAGGUGUGUGUGUGUGUAUAUAUGUGUGAAUUGAGUUAUUGCACAUGUGCACUUCACAGAUAAGGCGUUCCUAACGAACUGUAUGUUGUGUUCAUUGAUUAAUCAGCUCUUUGGACACGACAGGCUCUAUUCUAUCUUGGGUUAGUUAUACAAAUCUUUGACUGAAGUCUGUAUGGACAUGAUACACAGGAAGCCUAUGCGUUUUUAAUAUGUUAACACAACAACAAUCCGACAUGGGUUACACCAUAUCAUGUGAAAAUUUUGGCAGUGUUGAGAACAAUACUGCACGCUGAGCGUAGAAGCCAGUCUGAAAACUUUAGAAAUAUUUAAUAACUUCUAAGUCGUAAAAGAGUGUAAAGUGCUUGGCCAAAAUGUAAUACUACUGGACUGGUGACUGCUGAGGUGGGUGAUCAGUCUAGUGAGUCGACAAUAAUGAAACUGAGCACUGAUUGGCUAGAUGUUGAGUUGCUUGUGCCCAGGGCAGUGGCCCACGGUCGUUUGGUGAGAGAGACAGAUGAGUAGAGUUGAGUAGGUACAUGGAACUGGAAUAAUUAGCUAGUUAAAAUAAUUUUAUUUAAUCAACAAAGACUUGAAUCGGCCAAUAAUAUAUUACAUCACUGUUAGCUAAUUGAUGGAAACAUAUUCAUUAGAUAGCUUGGUUAGGUAGCUAACAGUUUUAGAUAGCUCAGGAUCGCAAACUGGUUAAUGUUUACUAAAGUUAGCUUUAGUAAACAAACUGAAAUUGAACACAUUUUCCUAGCUAAAACAUCAGUUGUUCGCUUUCAGGCUGUAGAAAAGGACAGCUAGCUAGCUACUUAGCUUAGCCUUUGGAGGCUUGUCCUUUGUUAGCUACUGUGACGACAUCAAGGCGAUGUUUAUACUAUGACUUCAUAAACGCCCGCUGUACUUAUUUGGCAUUAUUUUUUAAGCUCAGAAAUUAUGUAGCAUUCCAAGUAUAUAGCUAUUAACUUUCCUUUAUCUCCAGACUUGAUUUUAUUGCAAAUUAUACCACUUUAUUUUAUCAGUAGAGCUGACUAAACAACACUGUCUGAAUCCUAGAAAUAGUGUGAAGUGUUCUGAUUCUCUUUCAAGGGGGACAGAGAUUUCCAGUGGCUUUGAGGGAGAAUGCUGCGCAGGACCGUCUCCUUUCCUAUUGAGGCGAGACAGCUGCAGCAGCUGGGUCUACUGGGCUGUCGCUCCCACGGUGUGACAUCAUGCUCGGUGCUCGACCUCCCGGCUCUCCUCAACGCUCACCAUGGGCAACGGCAAUGGGAGGAUGAACGGUGGUGCUGGUACCAGGGGCAUGCCGAGGAAGGCCAAUGGGAGGAUGAGGGAGAACUAGAGGUCACGCCCUCUUCUACUGGUAGCACCAGGGGACCCAGGUGGAGUGAUAUGUAUACCAGCUCAGACCAGCUAAGGUCAGUGGAAGAUGAUGGCAAUGAUUAUGAAGAGAAGAAGCAAAAUGAUGAGUUUGUCYGGCUGUACGUGUCAGAGGAGGAGAGGAUCCUCAACUCUGCAGACCUGAGUGCAGAGGAGAGGAGUGACGUUCUAGCAGAGUUGGUGUAUUCCCGAAGCAGACUAAAGCAAUUGAACUCAGAGCUGCAGAGAACAGUGGAGUUAGCCGAUGACAACAACACACUGCUACGCACUGAGAACGCUUCACUGCGCAACCAAGUUAAAGGGAUGAAGCGGUCGAUCCAUGAUGCAGAGCAGCUGAUGGAUGAGCUGGAGGAGAUCCGGAGCUUAUCAGCUGAGAAGGACGGCACUACUGGCAACCUGGAGUCCUACAUCAAACAACUGGAGAAAGAGAAGGAGAGUUUGGAAGACCAGAUCGAGACCUUUGGCAGUGAGAUGUCCCGUAUUAUACCAGAUAGAGCCACUGACAAGAAGAAGAUCGCUGACCUCAGCAAUGCUCUACAGGCCUUACAGUUACGGCUAGAGGAGAGCAGACUCACCCUGGAUCAGAGGUAUGAGGUCAUACAUAAGAAGGACUUUGUUAUUAAGCAGCUGGAGCAGUCCCUCACAGAGUACUCCUCCAUCGCACAGGAUCUGAAGGAGAAGAUGAAGGAUUUGGAGAGCCAAGUGGCAGAGGCCCUAGUUAAUGGAGGAGAGGGGCGUUACAUGGCGUUAGAUGGGACUCUGUCAGCAGCCACUCAGCGCUCCAUCUCUCUAGCGGAGGAAAUGGGUCUACUGCCACGUAUGAUGGUGGGUCGCAUACACACAACAUAUGACCGAUCACUCUUUCCACAUCUUCCCCUAAAGUGCAGAAGUGCUUGUCUGUAGUGUUGUCUUCACGGUUUGGUGAUCAGGUAGUACUACAGGACAGUGAGCUUAGGGUUGGGUAGGACUUAGCUGGGAGGCAGGCUGCCUUCACACACACUGGGCAGAUGCUCUGUUGCGAAAUAUAUGUGUUCACUUCCUAUCCCAGGAUGAGUCCUCUGAUGAGGAGGUGCAGGAGCAAAGAGAUGAGAGGGUAGAGAAAGAGGAGAAGCAGAGGGUGGAGGAGAGGAAAGAAAGA